AUGUCGUUCAAAGGCAUUGUUCGCGAGCUGAGGGAGAUGAAAGAUGGAAUUGGGAGCAUGUCAAAGCGAGUGGGUGACCGGAAGCAUUGGCAUAGUAGGACGAUGUCACAUAUUGCUCCUGAUCUGGCACCAAACCCUCCAUCUGAUUUGAUUCAACAGGGUCAGUGGGCAAAUUUACCUCCGGAAUUGCUUUUGGACAUAAUUCAGAGGGUAGAAGAAAGUGAAACCACAUGGCCUGCUCGAGCUGUUGUUGUUUCUUGUGCUUCAGUUUGUAAGUCAUGGAGGGCCAUUGUGAGGGAGAUUGUCAAAACUCCUGAGCAAUGCGGAAGGCUCACAUUUCCAAUCUCAUUGAAGCAGCCUGGGCCUCGCCAGUCUCCAAUACAAUGCUUCAUUAGAAGGGAUAGAGAAACUUCCACAUUUUAUCUGCACUACGGUCUGGUGCCUUCUGAGGGUGAGAAAGAUAAAUUAUUGUUAGCGGCCAAAAGGAUUAGAAGGGCAACAAGCACAGAGUUCAUUAUAUCUUUGGUUGCAGAUGAUUUUUCUCGAGCCAGCAGUACUUAUGUUGGUAAAUUGAGGUCCAACUUUUUGGGUACCAAGUUCACCGUAUAUGACAGCCAGCCUCCAUGUGAUGCAGUACCUCAAACAAAUAGUCGAUCAUCUCGAAGGUUCCAUUCUAAGCAGGUAUCUCCAAGAGUACCAGCAUGUAACUACAGUGUUGGAACCGUCUGUUAUGAGCUCAAUAUUCUCCGCACAAGAGGCCCAAGGAGAAUGCACUGUGCCAUGCCCUCUAUUCCUGUCUCUUCUAUUCAGGAGGGGGGCACCGCCCCAACACCAACAUUGUUCUCACAAGCCUAUGAUGAGCACUUUGCUCCCUCACCCUGUUCAACAGUAAAGGAGCUAGUCACUGGUUACAGCUCUACAAACCUCUCUGAGCCACAUGUCCAGGGUGCAGAACCGCUGGUUUUGAAAAAUAAGUCCCCUAGGUGGCAUGAGCAGUUACAGUGCUGGUGCCUUAAUUUUAGAGGGCGUGUUACGGUGGCUUCUGUAAAAAAUUUCCAGCUUGUUGCAGCUGUUGAUCCAUCCCACAAUGUUUCAGCUGAAGAACAAGAGAGGGUAAUUCUACAGUUUGGAAAGAUUGGAAAAGACAUCUUCACUGUGGAUUAUCGCUACCCCCUGUCCUGUUUCCAGGCAUUUGCAAUCUGCUUAAGCAGCUUCGACACCAAGCCAGCGUGUGAAUGA